AUGUCUGACACGCUCAGAAAUGAACAUAGAGUUGGAGCACUUUUAUUUCAGGUUCAAGAUGAUUUGAGGCAACUCAGAUGUAGUGUUGAGAAAAUCACAGACAAUGAGGGGGAAAAAUUGCUGGAUGUUCAAGCCUUGGACUCUGCUAUUCGUGAAACAGAAAGUAAAAUCAGGAAACAUGCAGAGGGAUAUCUGAAUGCAGUGUGCAAGCAACCGCUGAUUCUUCCUACCAUUGAAGACUCACCAAAAAAGAAAAUGCAUAUUCCAAAAUGGAAACCCACUUUGGACAUUUUCUCAAACCUGCGCCCUCAGGGGGAAGACCCUCCAGAGGCUUCAACAGGAGAAAAGCGUAAGUCAGCAUUAACCACACGGCUGCUGUGUAACCCCGGUCACCCUAAACACAAAGUCCUAAUGGAGAAGAAAUAUGGGAUAUCACUACCUGAUAUCCAUAAAGGGAGAACUGAUGCAGUAAGUAAUAAAACAAUCACCGGCCCCAUGGUGAGUCAUCAGGCAUUUGAUCCAAAACGCCAGAAUAACCUGGCAAUGCCUAAAGAAGUCCCGACAACAGUGCCAGACACAAGUUUGCUUCUUAUGUCAAUUCAGCACAAGGCUGCUUCUCUUCAUCUCAGAGAGGAUGCACUUUCUUCUAAAAUAGAUCUGAAAAGCUUAAAGCCCAGGCACAACAAGAAGCUUAGAUGGGAGGUAGAUCCUGAAUCCACCACUGUAAGACCUGUCAGAGAAUGCACACCUCUCUGGCCCACAAAGACUCCACCUCCUACUACUACAUCCUCCAAGAGCCUGGACCACAUGGAAUCUAUCCAAGGCACCAAUAAUCUCAGCCAUGGAACCCCUCAACCUGUGCAGAUUCCUGCAAACAUCAGCAAACACCCCUUCACCAUCAUAAAAGGACAGAUCAACCCAACGUCCACAGAUUUCCAUCUCUUUAAGCAGAGCUUUAGCCUGUGCUGGAGCAGUGUUCUGGAUGCUCUCGAGGCUUUGGAGAAGCUGCUCAGGGACUUUGCUGUGCCUGUAGCCAAAGUGAGCGGGGAACGUUUGGUGGAGUUUGCACUCAGCUGGGAUGAUGGUUGGAGAAAGGCUCCUCCAGUGACCAGCCUCCUCUCAGUGCUGGAAAACUGGGAGGAGGUUUUAGGCCUGGUUGUACGCCCAGGUCAGCGCUACAAGGGAGAGGGAGGCACAGAGGCAGCUGCCACCCACAUCCAGUCGUGCUGGAGGCGCUACUUAGCCCGAACAGCCUACCUGAGCCACUGUCGACACAAGUGGGCGGCAGAGACCAUCGGCAUCUCAUGGUGGGUGCACAAUCAGAUGCGUUGUGUCAGGAAGGCCCUGCAGGCCCGGCGCUUCAGACAGCUGGAGAAUUACCGCAGGAGAGCACAGCAUCUGGCAGCCAACUGGAAACACAUCCAGUCUUCCAAGAGGACCAUUAUCCACAUCCCUUCAUUAGGAUUCUCCCAAAGCCAACAACAGAGGUUCAAGAAAUUUGACAUCUCACAGAACAUCCAAAUAAGCAGACUUUGUGAAAUUAGAGAUGAAAAUGUGGAAGUCGUCUACGUAUGUCCGUGGCAUCUAGGGGAGGACAUCUUGCACUAUUACAGCAGCCUGCUAAAGUGUGAGCACCCCGCGUAUGGGGCUGAUGCCACGACAAGUCAAGCUCCAUCCUGCAGCAGGCGCUUUGUCAUCCUCACCCCUGAGGCGGUUGAUUAUUUCCCGACCCAUAACAUGUGCCUCUCUACACUGCUGAAGUACAGUCCACACACCCUGAAGCGCAUCUGGAACCUGAUCCAGGGGAAGCAGGCCUAUAUUGUGGGUGGAGUGGCCCAUGUGGAUGACCUGGCAGUGGCUGAUGAGCUAGGAGUGCCAAUCCUGGCUCCAGAGCCGGCUGUUGCACAGCUCUACGGCACAAAGUCUGGAGGAAGGAAAAUCUUUGUGGGGGCAGAGGUUGAAGUACCACCUGGUCAAGGAGACAUCUACUCACUCAGCCAGCUCCAUGAAACACUGGCUGAGCUCCUGACAAAGAACAUUGGAGUGCAGCGCUGGCUCUUUAAGAUUGACUCAGAGCAUGGUGGCCGUGGUAUAGCAUACUGUGAUACAUGUCAUCUAAGCUGCUAUAACUGGGCCCUGCAGAAAUACCAUUGUUAUGGUCCUGAGAAAUGGAAGAGAGAAUGGAUUCAGGAGUCUGUGCUGCUCAGGUAUUUAGAUGAGAUCCCAGAGUGGCUUGCCCGUUACGCCCGCCCAGCUAAAACCUCCUACUAUCCCACCUGGGCCGGUUUCCUGAAGAACUUCCUCAGGCAAGGCGGUGUUGUGGAGGCCUUUCCACCCUCAGAAAGUCUCACCUGUCUCACGGUAGACUUGCUGCUGGAGCCGGGGGGUGACGUCACCAUACUAUCCUGUGGUAACCAGCUUCGUGGCUCCUGUCAACUGAAGUCUUUGGGCUCCAUUGUUCCUCAGACCUCCAUCCACCCUGACACCUUAAACUCCAUCUGUAUGCGUGUGGGCCAGGCCUGUCUGCAGCGUCUUAUUGUGGGUUACAUCUCCGUGGAUCUAGCUGCUUUUGUGAACCCCAACACCAUGGAACAAAAGGUAUGGGCUAUUGAUCUAGACUUCAAAUACAGUGAUCAGCUGGCCAUGACCCAGAUGCUUCUGAUGAUGACUGGAGGAAGGCUGAAUUGCCACACAGGCUGUUUAGAAGUACCACUGCCAGUGAAGGAAAAAUGCUGUGAACACCAGACUGCUGCCAAAAAUCUGGCCGUGAAUCGUUAUGCAGUCAUUGGGAGCCACUUGUUUCACUCAAACCUUUCCAUGCUGUACCAUAAUGUGUUUCUCAAGGUGUGCAAAGCUCAUGGCAUAGGAUUUAACAAGAAGAGAAAACAAGGCACUGUGUUGGCUCUUUAUGACAGCAUUGAGCAAUGUAAACUGGGAAUGAUGACCGUCUCUGAAGAUCUCCAGGGAGCUUUAGUGACCUUUGCUCAGAAUCUGUCAGUUAUUCAUCAGGAAAUAUCAGCCUCUAAGAUGCAAGGAGAAACCAAUUUCAAGGAGCUGAUCAAGGAAAUAGAGGAAGUACUGCAGACGACUUCACAGAACAGGAUGAGAGCACUGGAGGAUAAAACUGCUGCUUAA